ACUGGUAGCUGUUUUCAUCAUCCUCUACAAAAACCCUACCAAAACCCUCACCUUCUACUUCAUUUCUCGUUUCUCUCCUUCGAAACCGAUGCAUUAAAGCCUUUAAGUUCAUCAUAAAUUACAAAUACUAGUUAGCUCCGAAAACUCCUUCCUCCAUCGAAAAUGCCUCUAGGAGAUAGAGGAAGUGAUAAGAGCGAAGCUCGUUUCUGCGGCGUAGAAACGGACUUCAACGAUGAUAUGCCUCAAGUUCUUUCGUUCAAUCUCUCCACUGGAGGAUUCGAUUUCGUCGUUGCUCCUCUGAUGGAUCCUUCCUACAGGCCAAGCUUAGUGCAAAAUAAUAGUUUGGGAUCUGGUGCCCUGCCAUUUGCUGCGUCAGACCUGGUCCUGAGUCCAUCCCAGUGGAGUAGUCACGUAGUUGGAAAAAUCAGCUCUUGGAUUGACUUGGAUUCCGACGAUGAGACACUAAGAAUAGAUUCUGAAACCACUCUUAAACAAGAAAUUUCCUGGGCUUCUCAUCUCUCAUUACAGGCUUGCCUGCUUCCUGCCCCUAAAGGAACCUCUUGUUCUAAUUAUGCACGGUGUGUGAACCAAAUCUUACAUGGCCUGAGUAAUAUGCAGUUGUGGCUUAGAAUUCCCUUGGUGAAGCCCGAUGAUGACUCUGUGGAUGCAAAGCCUGCCACUUUGGUUGACUCCUGGGAAAUAUGGAAUUCAUUUCGCCUUCUGUGUGAGCAUCACGGGCAACUGUCAGUUGCAUUGGAUAUUUUGAGUACUAUGCCUUCAGCAAAUUCCUUAGGACGGUGGUUUGGGGAGUCUGUUAGAGCAGCUAUUAUAAAUACUGAUUCCUUUUUAACCAAUGGUCGCGGAUAUCCAUGCCUCUCCAAGCGCCAUCAGAUUUUUAUUAAUCGGUGUUUUAACCAUUCUAUACAGAUUAUUAUAUCUGGAAACUCUGGUCAUCCUAAGGCAAGUGCGGAUUCCAAUGAUUUUCAUAAUUAUUCUGUUGCAGAUUUACAAAGGCAUCCCUUGCGUCAAUAUCUGGAAUAUGUUGGACAUCUAUACCAAAAAUUGGAUCCUCUUCCUGAUCAAGAACGUUUUGAGCUUGGAUACAGGGAUUUUUUACAGUCACCCUUGCAACCUUUGAUGGAUAAUUUGGAGGCUCAGACUUAUGAGACAUUCGAGAAAGAUGCUAUGAAAUACCUUCAAUACCAAAGAGCAAUUAGUAAAGCAUUGCUAGACAUGAUUCCCGAUGAGGAGGCAUCUGUUAAAACCAUUGUACUGAUGGUUGUUGGAGCUGGACGUGGUCCCCUUGUGCGGGCAUCAUUACAGGCUUCAGAAGAAACUGGGCGAAAACUAAAAGUUUAUGCUGUUGAAAAGAAUCCGAAUGCAGUUGUCACCCUCCACGCAUUAGUUAGAUUAGAGGGAUGGGAGGAUACUGUUACCAUAGUCUCAAGUGACAUGCGCCAUUGGAACGCCCCUGAGAAAGCUGACAUAUUGGUUAGUGAAUUGCUAGGUUCUUUUGGGGAUAAUGAACUGUCUCCUGAGUGCCUUGAUGGAGCUCAGAGAUUUUUAAAGCCAGAUGGAAUUUCAAUACCAUCUUCGUAUACAAGUUUCAUCCAACCAGUGACGGCUUCAAAGUUAUAUAAUGAUGUUAAGGCUCAUAAAGAUGUUGCACACUUUGAAACUGCUUAUGUUGUGAAAAUUCACAAUGCAGCUCGACUUGCGCCAUGCCAAUCUGUUUUUACAUUUACUCAUCCAAAACCAGUUGUCGAUAGAGAGAGCAAUCAACGUUAUAAGAAGUUGCAUUUUAUGAUACCUAAUGACACUGGCUCUGCAAUGGUACAUGGAUUUGCUGGCUACUUUGAUGCAACUCUUUACAAGGAUGUUCAUCUUGGGAUUGAACCUUCAACAGCUACACCAAACAUGUUCAGCUGGUUUGCAAUAUUUUUCCCUCUAAGAACACCUAUUUGCGUGAAACCAGGUUCAAAACUCGAAGUAGAUUUUUGGCGCUGUUGUGGCACUACAAAGGUUUGGUAUGAGUGGUGUGUUACAUCUCCUUCGCCAUCUCCAAUCCACAACAUUAAUGGACGGUCAUACUGGGUUGGGCUUUAGUAUUUGUGUUACUAAAAUGUGUACAAGUACAGCUGAAUGCAUACAAGCUGUUUUUUGGAGCUAGCCUAUCUAAAUUAACAUUUAUUCUAGGAAAUAUUUGUACAAUAAUAUCUAAUGUAAUCAAUAACGUUCAUGUAUAUGUUUAAAGUUUUACCGAGUCUUGUGUUUUCUUUCGGUGUUAAGUGGUUUUGAUAAUUUGUUUUGACUUAGUGGUCGCCCUAUUUGUUCAAUUAAUUAUUGAUAUAUUUUGAUCUACUAA